AGCUUGCAUCCUUGUUGCCAAAAAUUUAAUUAAUAGUUAUUGACUUAUUUAUUUGACGAUAAAGAUCCUAAGGGGUUAGUCGAUGAAUUUAACCCCAAGAUUAUAAACAAAAACACUGUGGUACUCAUUUUGAAAGGUUCUAUCGCUGCCUAAGAUGUCUAAUCUGACCCAUGAAGCGACAGGAACGAAAGAAACGAGCACAACUCGCUAAUCAGUAAUAAUUUGCAUUCGGAAUUUGUUUAUACGAACACCUUCGUUACACUGGAGAAUCGUCAUGGAUGAAUUCGAAACAAUAAGUCUCGAUACCGAAGAGUGCAAGAUUUGUGGACAACAGACAGGGGAAGAGCUGAUUUCAUGUAUUUUGCGCAAGAAAUUGCCCAGCUCGGGGGAAAACAUUAUUGAGUCUUCGAAAGCAGAGGAGGCUACCUUUGCUCAUCGAAUUUGCCUGGAAAGAUGGGACACUAUCAUGAAGAACACGUUUUAUCCUCAGCCGAAGAAAACGUGGAAAGAUAAGCUCAAGGGUUUUAUUAGCGCAGGAGAGGCUUCAGUAGAAUUUUGGACUCCCGUCUCUGAUACUUCGAACGAUCGAAAUCGGACAAUACCAACCACAACAACAAGGUCCUUCUCAACGGCCUCGGACUACUCUGUCUUCAGCCAGAGUAAAGAAGCUUAUCGAGUAGCAGAAGUACGAAGCAAACAAGGACAAUGGCGAUCUAGUAAAGUACGAAUUUGUUCUAUAGACUCAGAAGAAGAACAGCAACGUUCAGCGUCUCCCGUUGCGAGCGAACAAAGCAAGUUCAUUUGGCACACAAAAUCGACAUUGUUGCAGUGUGAUUUGAAUGAGCUGAAGGAUGUGUUGGAGGAUCUGAAAAGGAGAAUAAAUGGUGUGUCAUCAGAGCUGGUAACUCAGCUACAGGAAAAAGACAGUCUUGUUCAGCAGAAACACACCAUGGAGACCACGGUGGGUCAACUCAUCAGUCUUCAGUCAAAUGUCAAGACAGCAAGUUCACAGAAUGUAUCAAAAUCUAUGAACCCCACUCACAACCAACGUGGUACCCUGUCUUGCAAAUGACACCCUGUCUAUGUUAUUUUUUCAUGGUAUACUUGUGGUAGUUAUUUCUUUAAGGGCAUAACAAACUUAUUGUGGUAGGGGCCUUAACAACAGAACCUUCUGUCUAUGAAUCUACUCAUCUUUGUAGACAACCUCACUACAGACACUGUUCCCUUGAAUGAAACAUUCAGUUUUGCAUCUCCUGGAUCUAUGCCCCCAGUUCUUGCUUAUCACAUGAAGGCCACUUCAUGUGAAAUUUGAUUUGUCAAUUUUGAUAGAAUUUGUUCAACAAUUUGGGGAAACUCUUGAAAAAGGCCCAGUCAGUUUUUAUCUUAACCCUUUUACUCCCAUAAGUGACCAAAACAGAAUUUCUCCUCUCAAAAUCAAUACAAUAUCAAGUAGACAAGGGAUGAGAAUAAAGAAAAAUAUCAGUUAGGAUAUUUUCAGUUGAUCCAAUACCAAAUUCUCAAAACUAUCAUCAUGAGAAUUGUGUGGCAGACAGUGAGGAGAAUCAAGUUAGUCACUUCUGAUAAAUGAACAAAACUCUAAGUUUAUGAAGAGGUGAGAUAGGCUUCUCUUGAGAUGAAACAGCUUGCUGUUCCUUUGGACAAUCUUUUCAUUUUGUUAGAAAAGUUUUAUUUGGAUAGUAUUUAGGGUGUAUAUAGAUGACUAUAACCAAAGAUUUGUGAUAUGCCUUGUACAAACUAAGUCCUUGCUACAUUUCUUUUCCAAUGAACCUUAAUCCCAUGUAUAGUUAUAUUGUUUAAAAGAAAAAUUAGGUUUGCAUUAUUGAUGACCUCUUGAGCAGUUCUUUUCAGAUUAACGCUUACUAAAAACACAUGAAAAGAGAAGAUUUAGAUGUUAAAUAGCAACUGAUCAAGUCUUAGUUUUAAUUUUUUUUUAAUGUUGAUGUUGUUUACAGAUUGUUGAUAUUACAUCCAUGUUUAUACCAGAGAUUUUAAGGCCAGAUUAACAUAUUUGCCAAGGAAUUUGUGUGAUUCUACUCAAUGUAAAAUGUAAAUUAUUACUAAAACUUCUAAAACUCAAAGAGAGAGCUAAUUUUCACCACAUGUUAUUUAUGAGGGAUUGUGCUAUGUACCUGUGGGGUGGUGGGAGUGUGGGACUAGCUGAAUUAUUUGGCAUCCCAUUUGUAUUAAGGGGGCAGGGAGUAUGAGGAGUUUGCUGUGAUAAUCUCUAUUUAUCAAUUUUUU